AUGCACGACGUCCGCAAGGAGGACCCUUUCACGUGGGAGUCGUCAGUGAGGCUUACACUGGUGGGUAGGGAGGAGGAACUGGGCAUGUAUCUGGAGGAGCAGCGCGAGGGCCGGAAGCGGAAGUGGCACCAGGGCGACGCCGGCGGGAAGGGCGUGCGGCGCGAGGAUGUGGACGAAAAGGAGCCCAGGAAGGUGCCACCGAAGAAGGUCAUGGCGUCCCUGGGCGAGAUGGGCGGAAGCGGCACCAGCUCCUCGUCGUCCCAUCUCUCGCCCGGCUGGCAGGUCAACGACCUCGACCUGGAUCUGCCCGGCGAGCUGUCCAUGAACGAGGCGCUUCUGUCGCUGCCAUCUUUGUCGGUGUUCAAGCAGGAGGCGCCAUCUCCGACUGGCGCGGUGCUAUCUCCGCCUAGGCGGGCCUGGCCUUGCGCUAGACGCAUAGACGACCGUCAGAUCACGAGCAUGGUCGUGGACAGCGUGAACAGGGAAGGAAUAGAGGAUGGCUCCUGCCACCAGUCGCCUCCCCACAACGGCGCUAUGAUGACUCAGCAUUCCGGUAGUCCGGAUAUCCAGUGCCAGUCGACCAUGCAGCCGGGAGCGUUGGUUCCUUUGAGCGGUUACCACUCCCCAGAGUCGCAGGAGAAUAAAAAUGGGGGACUGCUGAUGUGCUCGCCGGCCAACUCCCUGGACGGGUUCCUCCACUCGCCCGUGUCGCGCUCCGAGCCCAGCUUCAAGGACGACACCAGGUUCCAGUACGUGCUGGCGGCUGCCACGUCCAUCGCCACGAAACAGAACGAGGAGACCCUGACCUACCUCAACCAGGGGCAGCCCUACGAGGUCAAGCUCAAGAAGCUCGGCGACCUCUCCCACUACAAGGGCAAGAUACUAAAGAGCGUGAUCAAGAUCUGCUUCCACGAGCGGCGGCUGCAGUACAUGGAGAGGGAACAGAUAGCGCAGUGGCACGCGGAGCGCCCGGGCGACAGGAUCGUCGAGGUGGACGUGCCUCUAUCGUAUGGAGUUAUCAGAGUCGAGCAUCCGACAAGUCUCAACGCUCUGCACGUGCUGUGGGACCCCACUAAAGAUGUCGGAGUCUACAUCAAGGUGAACUGCAUCUCGACGGAGUUCACGGCGAAGAAGCACGGCGGCGAGAAGGGCGUGCCGUUCCGCAUCCAGGUCGAGACGUACAUGGCCAGCGACGACCACACGCGGCUGCACGCCGCCGCCUGCCAGAUCAAGGUGUUCAAGCUGAAGGGGGCUGACCGCAAGCACAAGCAAGACCGCCAGAAGGUGAUGCGCCGUCCACGCUCCGACAUCGACAAGUACCAGCCGGGGUGCGAGGCCACCGUCCUCACCACGCUCUCCAACGACGCCCUACUGCCGCCACCUUCCCUGGUCACCGCUUCACCACCGUAUUCGCCGGAGAUCUGUGUAACCCCCAAGAGUGUUACGAGCCCUAUGGUGGUGAACAAGCCUGUGUUGUCGCAACCUGCUAUACUUGCCUCGUCCAACCAAAUGAAACCUCUUUAUUGUCAAGAUGGUGGCGACGUAAAAGUGAGCACCCCAUCGUGCCACUCGCCUGACGCUAUCUUGCCUGACUUGCCGCAAGCUGCUGAGGACCCCGACAAAAACUGCGGGCUGUCAAAGGAAGCGACGUCCUCAGAAACCCAAUCUUGGCUAUCGCGGCAUCGCUUCAUUCAACACGCCGCGACCUUCGCAAAUUUCUCAGGCGCAGACUUGCUAAGAUUGUCUCGUGAUGACAUUAUACAGAUCUGUGGCUUGGCUGAUGGAAUACGUCUUUUUAAUGCACUCCAUGCCAAACGCAUCGAGCCACGUUUGACUGUCUACGUGUGCCCAGCUGGCAGCAGUGUGUACAGCGCCUUGUAUCUGCACGCGUGCCGCGCCCAAGAAUUACUGCAGAAACUGCGCGCUUUGCUGCACUCCGCCGCCAAUAAGGAUUAUGAUACAGUACUGGUGUUGGGUCCCAAUGGAGCGAGGGUGCGUCUCACAGACGAAUUGGUGCGCCACAUGCCCGACAACUCCACCUACCGUUUGGAGUGGCUGGAGGACAACACACUGCUGUUAAGCACCACCUCCAAC